GUUAGUGCAACCUGUAAUCGCGUAGAAACAUUUAACCUAGCCGCUUCCCAAAAAACCAACUAUAAAUUCUCUCACACCAUCUCUUAUUUUCUUCACACAAUUAACACAAAACAACAACGUAAUUGUAGCUAGCAUAUGUCUCAAAGGCCUUCUGUUCCUCACGCUUCUUCCAUAGCUUGUGGCCUUCAUUCCCAUCUCCUGGUUUCCAGUGAGAUGUCCUCUAAUUCCAAUUGGUCUUUUCUCUAAUUCACAUCACUAUUCAUUCUAUUAGUUAUUCUUUUCCCAAAAUUCUUUGAAACCCUUUUUUUUUCCUACUAACUCAAAAACCUAAGACAUCAUGGGAGUUAAAGGUUUUGUCGAAGGUGGUGUUGCUUCUAUCAUCGCAGGAUGUUCCACCCACCCGCUUGACCUAAUUAAGGUUCGUAUGCAACUCCAGGGCGAAAACGCUCCUAAACCGAACCCGGUUCAGAAUCUCCGACCCGCUCUUGCUUUCGGUCAAACCGGAACAACUUCUAUCCAUGUGGCGCCUACUCCGGUUCGUCAGCCUCGUGUGGGUCCGAUCUCUGUUGGAGUCCGUCUCGUCCAACAAGAAGGCGUUAGAGCGUUAUUCUCCGGCGUCUCCGCCACUGUUCUCCGGCAGACACUUUACUCCACCACCAGGAUGGGUCUCUACGACAUCCUGAAAAACAAGUGGUCAGAUCAUGAAGCCGGAACCAUGCCGCUGCUUCGCAAGAUCGAAGCUGGACUCAUCGCCGGUGGAGUCGGAGCCGCAAUCGGAAACCCAGCCGAUGUCGCCAUGGUCCGAAUGCAAGCCGACGGGAGACUCCCAGCAUCUCAGCGGAGAAACUACAAAUCAGUCGUCGAUGCCAUUACAAGUAUGACGAAGCAGGAAGGUGUAACCAGUCUCUGGCGUGGUUCCUCUCUCACUGUGAACCGUGCUAUGCUGGUUACGGCUUCACAGCUGGCAUCUUACGACCAGUUCAAGGAGAUUAUUCUCGAGAAGGGAGUGAUGAAAGACGGGCUUGGGACCCACGUGACAGCGAGUUUCGCGGCGGGAUUUGUGGCUUCGGUUGUGACGAAUCCGGUCGAUGUUAUUAAAACAAGGGUGAUGAACAUGAGGGUGGAACCUGGUAAGGAACCACCUUAUGCUGGUGCUUUGGAUUGUGCAUUGAAAACCGUUCGUGCUGAGGGUCCUAUGGCUCUUUACAAAGGGUUUAUACCUACGAUUUCGAGGCAGGGUCCUUUCACGGUUGUUCUGUUUGUUACUCUGGAGCAGGUUCGCAAGUUGUUGAAGGAUUUCUGAGUUAGUAGAUGACGAUGACGAAGAUGUUUAUUUACUUUAUAUUUCGAUUCCAAUGAACUAUGUUUUAAUUUCUGUAUUUGAUGUUGUUCUGAGUUGGUUAUUUUGUUAACGUUAUUGAUUAAUGAAAACUAUGUUUUUAAAUGCGA